AUGAGAACACCAAAGUCAACAACACUGGCCAACCACUUGCUUCAAUGUCUGGGUCUGGAUGUGUCGAUAACUGUGUAUAAGCGUGCUCUUGGGGUCUCCCAGAAAGGUCUUAGUCUUCUGCAGAAGACCAAAAUAGAGAAGACUUUGAUCCUGCUUAAUAACGUAUGGUUCAAGAUAGGUUAUGAAUGUAUAGAAUUGAGAAACAUGGAUACAGAUGACACUCAAAUUAUGUUGAAGGAGAAGCUUGAAUUCCUCGACAUACUCAAAGAAGCUCUUACAAUUCCCCAUCAACAUUUCAACUUCGUCAUCUUCAGCCUUUUCACCUCCCUUCCUUACUUCUUUCUUUCAGUUUUCUUUGAGAUUGUCCUCCAGGAAACAUUGCUUUAUAUCUUCAACUUCAAUUUCUUUGCACCGACUUUAGAUUACUUAGAUUAUGACUUGCGCUCAUCAAUUACCCUCCGUGUUGAUUGGCAUAGAUGGAUUAAACUCUGUCUUCUUUACCUGGUCCCUUGUCAUCUUCUAGGGCUCCUCAACAUAGUUAUGACUGUUAAUGCAGUAUCCAUCAUAUAUGCAGGAGAGAAACCAAUCAGCCUCAGAAACAUGACAGUGAAAAAAACAAGGUUAAAAGGUCCCUUCAUUACAUCAAUAUAUGUUCUUCUCUUGUCAACUUGUAUUCUACUUGGAUUAGUUGGGGUUGUAACCAACUGCUAUAUUCUGACAAAGGGCUCCGUACUAAACUACUAUUACUACGGUCCGAAUAACUACUUUGUCAAUUCAUCGAUAACCAUCUUCCAUGUUGCUGUGUUUAUAGCAUUGUUAGUGAAGUACGCAGAGUGGAGUGCUGGGUGGAACAUGGCUCUAGUGAUCUCGGUAUUGGAGGAGACAUAUGGGAUUGAAGCAUUUGAACUCUCAGCUUAUUUUAGUAGGGGUAGUACGCAGCGCGGACUUCUUUUGAUGCUUGUUUUUGUUGUAUGGGAAAUUGUCUUCAGGCUGCCCUGCUUCUUUGAGAGGUACAGUGAGAGACUUGGAGGCAUUUUGUUCAGCUCUGUAUGCACCGGCUUGAUUUGUAUUGGGAAUUUGAUGAAGUGGGUGGUUAGCGUGGUCUAUUUCUUUGACUGCAAGAAGCGGAUUUUAGAGAAGAAAGUUGAUGAGGAAGUAGGAAGAUAUCAUUCUAUUUUUGGGAAAUGCUUGCAGUGUUCCAGUGGCAAAGUGGCACUUGAACAAUUAGCAUCCAAAACCAUGGGAAGCCAGAUCUUUGGCCUGGUCUACCAUAUUACCAUUAUAAUUUCUGUUGUUAUAGUCUUGUAG